CGAUGUAGGACGAGCUGACCGCCCGCCUGCUGCCGCCGCCGCUGUCCACAUCAUGGCCUCCGCACAGCCCACACCACCGAGGACCAACCGACCACCCAGCGGCCCUGCCUUUCCCGCAGCGGAGACGGACGUCAAGCCGAAGCAGCGGCACCGGUAGAGGCCAGCCGCUCCGCGCCGGGGAGAGCCGCCUUACGCCCCCCGCCCCGUCCUCCUCCAUGCCUUCGUCCAAAGCCAAGUUCAGCAAUCCGAUAAAGAGGGCUGCGAACCCGGGCGGCGGCAGAACCAUGAGCCGGGAUUAUUCCGUAAACCUGUCGGUCCAGCAGGUGCUUAGCCUCUGGGUGCACGGUACGACCCUGCAGCACUUCACAGAGAUGUGGUACUGGGUUUUCCUGUGGUGUCUCUUCUCCUCGCUCUUCGUCCACGGCACCGGGGGGUUGCUGAUGUUGGUCAUGCUGCAGCGCCACAAGUGGGGCCGCCUCAUCACCCUGGUGCUGGUCAGCGUGGGGUUCCUGGCCUCGCUCUCUGGAGGUGUCAUCACCAGCGCAGCGGUGGCGGGCGUGUACCGCGUGGCGGGGAAGGGCAUGGCUCCGCUGGAGGCCCUGGUGUUCGGAGUGGGUCAGACCACUCUCUCCGUCGUCAUCUCCUUCUCUCGCAUUCUGGCCACCCUGUGAGGAAGACCUUCAACUGGAUGAAGGACAGCCGCUGACAAAGGAGCAGAGCCAGUGAGUCAAGUCCAGCAGAGACUUGGAGGUGUAGGAAGAGGACCUUUCAUGCUAGAUGCAGAGGAGGGCGCCCCCUACUGAUUCUGGAGUGUUGAUUCAGCAAUCUGUGGUCCAGAUGGAGACUAGUCAAUGAUGUUUGGACGUGUAAGCCAUGUUUCAAACUUCAUCAGUUUCUGGUGCCAAAAUCCUCCUGCUGUGACUCUGGAGGUUCUCUGCUGGAAAAAUCCUUUUAUAAAACGGUGAAACUAAAAUAAUGCAGUGAUGUUGAACAUCAGCUGAUCUGCAGCAGAUGUUCACAGAACGACGAGCCAACAGUGUUCUUCACACACUAAACAGCAGUCAGUCAUGCACUGUCACCAUCAUCUUGGAAACUGUGAAGGCCUCAGAGCUUCAGCCUCCAGCUCAGAAGAACAAGAAGAGAUUUGGAGAUCAACACUUUGUAAACAACAGUGAGGAAGAGGAGCAGAAAACCAACAAAUGUUGGAUCAGACUCAAAGAUUCUGCCACCUGGAGCUCUGGGUGGAGUUCCUUUUUGUGUCAGAGAUGGAUCAGAUGUCUCAACUGAUUCUGGACCAAGGCAGCUUGAGUGGUGUUUCAGGACCAGUUCCAGGUCUCAGCUAAUGGAGAUGUAGGAGGAGCUUCAUCUUGUUACUAUGAUUUUAAAUCGGCAGGUGGAGUCCAAGGACCGCUGAUGAAGAUCAGAUGUACCUCCUGAUAUGAUGCAGCACAUCUUACAUGAGUCAUGAUACAGACAGGGUCACAACAUAGAUCUAGAGGAGCAGAAGCUGCACUGGCUGAAUGUUGGCCAUGUUGUGAGGGGCAUGUCUGCUUGGAAAUCUAGUUGGAAAUCCAACAAAAACAUCGUCUAAAAUAAACUUAACUAACCUCUGAAACGCACCAAACCACUUCCUGUAGUUCAGUUUUGAUUAUGAUCAUAAGUGUUAUUUAAAGGCUGGAUGUGCUUUUCAGUAGUCAAUAAUUUAUUAAUAAUUAAUAAUUCACAUACAUUUUAUUUUUGUUCUUAAGAUUAAUAAUUUAUUAUUAUUAAAAUCAGUAUUUAACAUUUAGACCAGUUUGUAUGUCAGUCAGAGAAGGAUCCACAGCAGAUGAUUGAACCGCGAUAAAAACAUUGGUUAAAACUUUUUACCUGCAAAAUUCAGCUGAAAGAAACAACAAAAGCUGAAUGUUUAAAACUCUAAAUUAAUACUUUUUGUUGGAAGUCUGGCUUCAUCCCACAUCCUGACUUGGUGUCCGCUGCCUGCAAACGUUCUCCAUGUCCCUCAGAUCAGGAGGACCUCUCUUGUCCACAUCUCUCUUCAGGUGACCUCACAGGUGCUAGCUUUGGACUCCGGCUCGGUUCUCAUGAAGUUCUUUGUUUUGUUGAUUUGGUGUGGGCUUGAACUCACUGUGUUGCUACAACAUUAAAUCCAUCUUCAGCACAA